AUGGUCACUGAUUAUUUCAAGAAGUUAUACUCGCUGGAAAAUGAUAGCUACACUCCUUAUGGCGUUUCAGGAUUGAUGCUUGCAAGCAGUUUUUUCCAAAGCCAAUGGGAGACUGUGGGAUUUAGUCUCUUUUCCUUCAUCAAUCAUAUUUGGCUUAGCGGAAAUCUGGACUCACUGUUAAAUCGUACACUCAUUGCCUCAAUUCCUAAGAUUAUCCUGCCAAAUGUAAUCUUGCCAUCUCAAACAAGUUUCAUACAAGGCAAAAAUAUCAUUGACAGUAUUAUUAUAGCACAAGAGAUUAUGCAUUCAAUGAGGAAGCGAGCUCGAAAGAAGGGUUGGAUGGCCAUUAAAGUGGACCUAGAAAAUGCCUUUGACAAGCUUAGAUGGGACUUCAUCAAAGACACUCUUAAAGAUGUUGGUUUACCCUCGAGGAUGAUCUCUGCCAUAAUGCAAUGUAUUACAACCCCUACUAUGCAGAUUCUUUGCAAGGGUAAGCCACUGAGAUCCUUUUCUCCUCAAAGAGGCAUUCGCCAAGGAGAUCGUUGUCUCCAUAUAUCUUCAUCUUGUACCAUUCAGCUAGAUAGAGGAGGUAUUCCUCUCUCGCAUUUGUUUUUUGCGGAUGACCUUGUGCUUUUCAGUGAAACUUUUGCUGCUCAAAUUGCUGUCAUCCAGAGAGUUUUGAAUCAAUUCUGCCUUUCUUCAGGACAGAAAGUUAGCCAUGACAAAACUCAAAUCUAUUUCUCUAAAGAUUUCCCAACUUAUGUGAGCAAUGUGAUAUGCCAACUGCUAGGCUUCCAUUGUACUGAAUCCCUUGGAAGAUAUCUGGGUGUGCCACUUAUUACAGGGCGGGUCACCACUCGUACCUACAAUUAUAUCAUAGAAAAGUUGCAGCAAAAACUCUCCGGAUGGAAGUCUAAAUGUCUAUCCUUAGCUGGAAGAAUUACUUUGGCUAAGUCAGUUCUCUCCUCCGUCCCACCUUACACAACGCAGAGUACUAUGCUCUCAACAUCUUGCUGUUCUGAUAUUGAAAAAAUAAUUAGAAAAUUCAUUUGGGGGUAUUCGGAUGAUCACCGUGGUAUUAAUUUGGUUAAUUGGAAGGAUUUAUGCCAACCUGUAAAUCGUGGAGGUUGCGGAAUUAUUUCACUGGAAGAGCAAAACAAAGCCUUUCUCUCGAAAUUGGCUUACAAAAUAAUAGCCCAGCCUGAUUUGUUGUGGAUACGUGUGCUCAAAGCUAAAUACCAUGUACCUGAGGGUUCCAUUCACGACAUAUCCAAAAAGGGCUGCUCCUACUUUUGGCGUAAUCUUACCAAAAUUUGGCAAGAUACUAUGAAGCAUGUUAAAUGGUUGCCGGGAAAUGGACGACACAUCAAGUUCUGGUCCGACUUUUGGGUUGGGCAUUUAGGCCCUCUGAAAUUCUUGUCUUCUGAUGAUAUUGAUGAACAGGUCUUAAAAAACCCAAUCUCUGACUUCAUGAAUUCUCAAGGUUGA